UGGUUAGGCGCUCGGGUCAGAGGUUGCGGGAGACCAGACUGAGCAACCCGGCGCUCCUGAAGCUCACAAUCUCACGGCGCGGGACAGCCUCGGGGAGGUCGCUGCUACCGCUGCGCGCCCUGCGGCCCAGGCCACCAACGUCACUCGUGACCUGGCCCCGCCCGGCCGCUCCCGAGUCCCUAGAAGCGCGAGCAACGCGGGCCACCGAGGAUACUCUCCAAGACACCAGCCACCAGCUAUGAUCUCUUGGGUUUCGAGGCUGCUUCCUAGGAAUGUCCGUUCCUUGGCUACAUCAUCAGAAAAUCAGAGGGUUGAGACCGCUCAUCAGCACCUCAAGGCCUAUGGGUACUUCUUGCCCAUCCAGACGAGGUGGCAGGACAACGACCAGUAUGGCCACGUGAACAAUGUCGUGUACCACAGCUACUUUGACACCAUUAUCAACCACUACCUGAUCAGGUACUGUGGCCUGAAAACCAGUUUGCUGACGUCAGCCUUGGUGGGGUUCAUGGUGACCAGUCAGUGCCAUUUCCACACACCCAUCAGCUUUCCGCAGAUCCCAGUGGCUGCCUUGGCUGUGGAGAAAGUGGGUCACUCCAGCGUGCAUUACCGACUUGCCCUGUUUCUGUCAAAGCCCGCCAAGGACCCCCCCUCGGUGGAUCUGAGUGCCCUCAGUGAUGGCUGUUUCUUUGGCCACACCACGCUGGCACAGUUUGAUACUUUGGCCUGUACGACUGGAUCUUCCGUCCACGUCUUUGUGAAUCCAGCCACCAACAAGCCAACGGGUCUCCCAGAAGACUUCAGGAGUGGUCUCCUGAAGCUGAUGAGGCCAACUGCUGUGUGAAAUAGCCACACAUGAAAUUGUCGACCUAGUAAAAUAAAGUUUAUUCU